AUGAGGCAAACACUCGAGGUUUGCGAGAAGGAACCGAAAGAAGGAGAGGUCCGAGGGUGUGCGACCAAUGUAGAAUCACUAGCUGAUUUUGCACGAGGCAUCUUGGGAUCAGACUCGAAAGUCGAAAUUCUAAGAUCGUCUCUGCUUUCGAACCCAUCGACUCCACUAGUCCAAAACUACACCAUACUCGAGUUCGCGGAGAUGUCGACCGGGGAUAUCGUGCCGUGCCACAGCGAGCCGUAUCCGUAUCCAGUGUACUACUGCCACUUCCAACUGGGAGCAGAGAGCAAAGUGUUCAAGGUUCACUUGAGAGGUGAGAACGGUGAGAUGAUCGACUCGGCGUUUCUGUGUCACAUGGAUACAUCGACAUGGCGGCCCGGCCAUGUCGCUUUCCGUCUUCUCGGAGUCAAGGCCGGGGACACCGAAGUGUGCCACUUCAUGGCGGCACACGAUCUAGCUAUGUUUCCUGUUCCGAAGUAA